AUGCUUUUGCCUGCACCAGUGUCCUUUUCCGCAGCAACGGUCAGACUAAAAGCGCUGCGCCGUCCUCGAUGGAUUGCUGCUGUUCUGGUCCUCUUUCUUCUAUGGCUAGUCCUUCCUUGGUUUACCCGCCCACCGCCGCCCCCUUUGCCCUUUCCCCCUCCUCCGCGUACAGCCACUGCCAACCGCAUUCGGAAUGCUUUCAUACACGCCUAUACCGGCUAUCUCACCCAUGCAUUCCCCGACGACGAGCUCCGUCCCCUCAGUCUCCGUAACACGACCAAUCUUAAUGGAUGGGGUCUUACCGUCUUCGACGGGCUGGAUACAAUGUGGAUCAUGGGUAUCCCAGAAUUAUGGGAUCAUGCCGUAGAGUACAUCGCAGAACACCGGUUUCAGAUGCGACCCAAAGACUUUGCCCCGUUCUUCGAGACCAACAUUCGUUACCUCGGAGGUAUGCUUAGCGCGUACGCCUUGUCGGGUAAUCCUCUGUUACUCGAAAAGGCAGACGAGCUAGGUGCUGCGAUGUUACCCGCCCUAGACACGCCCUCUGGACUGCCAGCAUUUGCUGUAAAUACCCGAACAGGGUUAACGAGACCAGGGUGGACUGGAGGUACACUGUGGGCAGAGGCUCUCAGCUGUCAAUUGGAGUACAAAUAUCUCGCUCACCUCACUUCCAACCCGACAUAUUUCACCAAGGUUGAGGACAUCAUGGCUAUGAUGGAAACCGCAAACUUGACUGGACCUGGUCUGUUCCCAACAAUAUGGGACACAAAGACAGGAACGUCCAGAGGACGUGUCUUCAGCGCUGGGGCAUUUGCUGAUAGUGCGCACGAGUACUUCCUGAAGCAAUAUCUCCUCACCUCACAUUCCGAGCCACGCGCAUUAUCUCUAUACAUCGACGUAGCGGAAGCCAUUAUCGAUCACUUGCUCUACUACCUGCCUUUCCGCGACUUCCUAUACGUCACAGAUAUCGACCUGCCUACUAUGAAACCCUCAUACAUAUUCGAGCAUCUCUCCUGUUUUCUCCCUGGCAUGUUCAUGUUGGGUGUGCAUACUCUAUCCGACAAACUCACCCCCGAGCAGAUAGCGAAGCACAAAUGGGCAGCCAGAGGACUAGCCAAAGCAUGUUGGCUCACGUACGCAGACAUGCCUUCCGGCCUGGGUCCAGACGAGGUCAUCAUGCAGAAAGAAGGUUCACUAGCUUGGGUUCGUGCUUAUGCAGAGUGGCAGCAGCAGGGAGAAGAGGGCGAUGCUCCUGGUUCGCGCGAGACUGAACCUGAACCUGAGCGAGACCUUCGUGGUUAUAAAGUCCGGAAAGGCGCGUAUCUUCUUAGGCCUGAAGCACUAGAAAGCUUCUACAUUUUGUGGAGACUUGGAGAAGGCAAUGUCUGGAAAGAGCGCUCUUGGAAAGUCUUUGAGGCAAUCGAGGCAGUGGCCAGGACGCCUGAGGCAUAUGCGAGCGUCACUGACGUUGAGAAACCAGUAUUGGAUGGGGAAUUCAGGCUAAAAGAUGAGAUGCCGAGUUACUUUUUAGCAGAAACGCUGAAAUACUUGUAUCUUAUGUUCAACGACGACGCCGAAUAUCCUUUUGAAGAGUGGGUUUUUAACACAGAGGCUCAUCCACUGCCGGUGUUCCAUUGGAGCGAAGCGGAGAAGUUGGCCUAUAACAUAUCUUCAUGA